AUGAGCCUGUUACCCAUGAAGUGGUGGCGGCAGCACCUUUCCUCUACGAUGUUGUCCUUACCCACAAUGGCAGCUACACCUGCUUCCCAGCAACCAUCUUCACAGCAGUCCACAUGGAUGGAGGCCUUUACUCAGGCUUUUGACUCAAUAUGCACCAGUUGCCUGGCACAGCAAGCCCAGAGUUCCCCUGCCUCACCACUGGAGUUGCCUUCAGAUCGAGCCUCUACUCUGCAACGUGGCAAGUUGAGAAAUCCAGCAGCUGCUUACCUAGGCAGUGAGUCUUAA